AACCAGAAGAAGAAGAAGAAGAAGAAGAAGUAUUGUUGUUAGUGUCUUAGGCAAACAUAUUUAGAAAGGAAAGUUGUAUUCAGCAAUGAACAAAGCUUUAUCUUUCCAUCACGGGGCAGGCUGAUGAGCAUCGGUAUUUGGUGCGCUUGCAGUCUUUCUUUUUGAAAUUGCCAUUUUAGAUUCUUGAAAUUCUUUUAGAAACUGGAAGACGACACAAGCUGUACCCUCCUGCUGCUGUCACGCACACUGGCUGCGCGAGUCUACGGAAGGGAGUCGACACGGAGAAGAUGGAUGAGAUAGGUCAGCAUAUGGACAUGAGUCACAAACAAGCCUGCAUCAACCUGGAGAAGGCCACUCAAUACAUCACACAAGCACUGCAGCAUGAAGUAGGUAGGAACCAGGAGCUCUAUGUGUUGAUUCGCCGUCUGGAGGAGAGGGAGGCGGAGACUGGGCGGAGCCUGACAGAGCAGGCGGAGUCAAACCGACAGCUGAAGCUGAAGAUUGAUGAACUACGGAAACACCUGGAGGAAAAAGCCAACUCACUCACACAAGCCAACCAGACUGUGGCUUUCCUGAAGAAUGAAGUAAGGGAUCUGUAUCAACAUCUGCAAAGCCAGCAGAGUGAUCAUAGGACAAUUCAGGAUGUGAAUGAGUGGCUGCAGGGUGGAGAGAGCCAGCUCAAGCUAACGAAGAGGCCCAGCUCUCCUCUCCAAUCAGACCAGCUGAGAACAGCGGAGGAGUCACCACUGGUCUGUCACACCCAGAGUCCGCUGGUCUCCUCUCACACCCAGAGCCUCACCGCAGGCUCAUCCACUCAUCACAGUCCCCCUGUCUCAUCCAGUGCUGAUAGUCUACUGGUCCUUUCUCAUCCUCAGCCUCCGAUGGUCUCGUCUGAUGCUCAGAGUCCGCUGGUCUUAACCAGUCGUCAUCAUCCACCGGUCUCAUCCGGCGCUGAAAAUCCACCAGCCUCAUCCAGUGCUGAAAUCCUGCUGGUCUUGUCUGAGAGCCAGUGUCCGCUGGUCUCGUCUCACGCUCAGAACCUGCUGGUCUUGUAUGGCUCACAGGGUCCGAUGGUCUGGUCUGAUGCUCAGAAUCUGCUGCAGGCUCCAGUUUCUGGGAUUAAAAAAGAAGAAGAAGAAGCUGGAUAUGGAGAUGGAGAUAGUCAGUCAGUAGAGAGAACGGAUCCAAGAACAGGAAAUACCAUCUCCUCAGCUGCAGACAUAAAAACUGAACUGAUCCAGGGACCGGAGGAAAAAUCAAAGAUAGUUCCAGUCCCCUGCUCCAAAACGGACCUGUCCCAUACAAACCCAGAGUCUCUGGCCCAGUUGAGGAGGGUAUCAUUGGUGCUGGAGGACUGCUGUAGAACACAAGGACAGCGAGGGAAGGACAACGAGAACAAUGGAGAUGGAGAACAGCCCGAGACCGAAAAAGGAUCAUCUCUCUCAUCCUCUGGGCUCCUGGCGCCCUCGUCCACCUCACACACAGAGACGGCGGAAUCCAAAAAAUACUCCUGUUCUGUGUGUGGCAAAAGCUUCCACUUCUGGUCCGAGCUCAGACGGCAUCACUACGUUCACACAAAAAAGAGGCCACACUCCUGCUCCGAGUGUGGCAAGAGUUUCAUCUACAUGUCAAACCUCAAAGUGCAUCAGCGCAUUCACACAGGAGAGAAGCUGUACCACUGCACGGAGUGUGACCGGACUUUCAUUGAGGCGGGAAAUCUCAAAUCACACCAGCGCGUUCACUCAGGAGAGAGGCCGUACCUCUGCACUCAGUGUGGCAAAAGCUUCAGUCGAGAGGGAAAUCUUAAAACACACCGGCGUAUUCACACAGGGGACAGGCCGUACCAGUGCACUCAUUGUGGCAAGAGUUUCACUCAAGUGGGAAAUCUCAGAACUCACCAGCGGAUUCACACAGAGGAGAGGCCUUAUGUCUGCACUCAGUGUGGCAGGAGCUUCAAUCAAGUGGAAAAUCUCAAAUCACACCUGCGCGUUCACACAGGAGAAAGGCCCUAUCACUGCACUCAGUGUGACAAGAGCUUCCUUCUUGAGAGGACUCUCAAAGCACACCUGCACGUUCACACAAGAGAGAGGCAGUAGUACUGCAUCUGCUGAGGCAAGAGCUUCCUUCUUGAGAGGACUCUCAAAGCACACCUGCACGUUCACACAAGAGAGAGGCAGUAGUACUGCAUCUGCUGAGGCAAGAGUAUUACUCUCCAUGAAGAUCUGUAAAACAUCAGGGCACUCCACAAUGACAAAAGCUGUACACCUGCUCCUAGUGUGGUAAGUUUCAUUCAAAAAACCCAUAUGAAAGCCCAUCCAUGCACACAGGAUAUAGUCCCUACUGUUGCUCCCAGUGUGGCAAGAGUUCCACCACAGAGGAUCAUCUCAAACCACACCUGCGUGGUCAUACAGGAGAGAGGCCGUGUCACUGCACCCAGUGUGGCAAAGGGUUUGUUUACUCUUGAAUGUCUGUAAAACCACCAGCAUGAACAACACUGGACAGAAUCCGCACACCUGCCAUGAAUGGCGGAAGUGUAUCUCUCACGCUGUGGACUGAAGGGCACACCAGGUCAGCCAUCCGAGAUCCAUCCGGCAGAGAGGCUGUAUCGCUCGGUCAUCCGGGAGGGGACUCUCAGACGCUAGGCAACCAGAGGAGAAGCGUCGUGACUGUUGCCAGGGUGGCGCGUCCUGCGUCAUCAAACGGAGACUUCAGGUGCGUUGGGGCGUGCAUGUGAGGAAGGGGCAGAACCACUCACCUGUGUCCUCUCCAGCACUGAACUGUGGGCAGGGUGCCAUCGGAGCUCUGGGUCUGAUUGGGUUCCGGCUUUUUGUCUCAUGGACAUGGUUGGCUCUUUGACCUGUCAGUCAGUCAACUCUGCAGCCAAUCACAUAUUUAAGCAGGCUUCCCACGGUCAUGGAAAUCCUGGAAAAGUCAUGAUUUGAACUGAUUUAGAUUUGUACCAUGUGUAGGUCUAAUUAAAUGAAUUAUGUUCUUGUAUUCUUGGUUCAAGGGUUCAAUGUACACAUUUCUGAAGCAUAAUUCAGUUUUGAUUUGACAUGUUAAUCUCAAUGACAUGGCAUAACUGACCUAUUAGAAAAGGAUUGGAAAAGGUUGUUAUUUCAUAAUUGUGCCCAACCUGUAGAAUAAAGUAUGCAAUUUUUCUGUACUUGUGGGUUGUAAAAUGUCGUGGAAAUGUCUUUGAAAGGUCACGGAAAGCUUUUCAAAAUGGGUGGGAACCCUGUGUUAGCCUUCCUCUGAAUCUGGAUUUGACCCUGAUCAGGUCCUGAUCCAGCAUCGUUCUGGUUCUGACCUGGAGAGAGUCUGCCAAGGAACAUGGUGUGCUGGGGAGUCACUGGGCAUUUCAUGUCAAUGUUUUAUUUCAGAACAGAACUGUUGUCUGUUUCCAUACCUUUGUCAACAGAAAGUAAAUGUUUUUGUUUCUCUCCAGUUUUAGCAUCAUAUGUAAAUGUGUCCAUAACAAGAAUGUGUGUGUAUAU